AUAUAUUCACAUCAUCUUAAGAUAAAAAUCCAGUAUCGCUAAACCAUGAAGAAAUCUUGCAACUUUCUUUUCUAUUCUCAAGUUUUAAUUCUCUUGAUCUUGUUUGUAGCUGUGAAUUCUCAGCUAACAACUGAUUUCUACUCUAAAACAUGUCCAAAUGUCCUUAAGGUUGUACGUAAAGAAGUUCAGAAUGCAAUCAAGAAUGAAAUGAGAAUGGCUGCUUCUUUGCUUCGUCUUCAUUUCCACGAUUGCUUCGUCAGUGGUUGUGAUGCAUCAGUAUUAUUGGAUGGAAAUAGUACGACAAGUGAGAAGUUCACACCAGCCAACUUGAACUCAGCAAGAGGUUUUGAAGUCAUAGACAAUAUUAAAACUGCUGUCGAAAAUGCAUGCGGUGGAGUUGUUUCUUGUGCAGAUAUAUUAGCUAUUGCUGCAAGAGAUUCAGUUCUACUGAGUGGAGGGCCAUUUUGGAAGGUGUUAUUAGGGAGAAGAGAUGGAUUAGCUGCUAAUAUUUCUGGAUCAAAUACUGCACUUCCAGCACCAUUUGACCCUCUCAAUACAAUCAUUUCCAAGUUCGAAGCUGUUGGAUUAAAUGUAACAGAUGUUGUGAGCCUAUCAGGUGCUCAUACAAUUGGAUUAGCAAAGUGUGCAACCUUUGACAACAGAUUAAGAAAUUUCAGUGGCACAGGUGCACCAGACACAACUCUAGACACAACUUUAGUGAGUGAACUGCAAAAUUUGUGUCCAUUGACAAGUGAUGGAAACAACACAGCCCCUCUUGAUAGGAAUUCCACAGACUUAUUUGACAAUCAUUAUUUCAAGAAUUUAAUCAAUGGAAGAGGUCUUCUUGAAUCAGAUCAAGUCUUGUUCUCUAGUGAUGAUGCUAUACAAACAACUAAAACAUUAGUUGAAACUUAUAGUAAUAGCUCUCAGUUUUUCUUUAGUGACUUUGUUAAUUCUAUGAUUAAGAUGGGAAAUAUUAGCCCUCUAGUUGGAUCAGAUGGUGAAAUAAGAAAGAAUUGUAGGGUCGUUAAUUCGAAUAAUUAGUGACUUUCGGAAACAGCUUCUCUACUCCCUCGGAGUAGGAAUAAGAUUUGCGGACACACUACCUUCCCCAAACCCCACUAGUAGGAUUUUAUUGGGUCGUCGUUGUUGUAGUAGUAGUAAAUCUCCCAUCAGCCUGAGUGUUGGUUUGAUUAAGAAAAAAUAGUUAGUACGUAGUAUAAGUUGUUGUACUAUGAUUUCUUGCCUGUGGGGAAAAUAUAAUUAUCUACUUUGUGAAAAAAUUGUAUCUAACUUUUUUCUC